CUUUUGUUUCAGAAAUGUCCUACUUUUCAUUGGCCUCACUGCUGAUUGUAGCUUCAUCGCUAGAUAUUUCUUCAGCUUGCUUUGCAUCCGGAGUUUGUGGAGGUGGAGGCGGAUGUGCACCUCCUCCGCCGCCUGUGUGUGCUGGAGGCUGCGGAGGAGGCUACUCAUGUGGCCAAUACGGUUGCUUUCGGGCUCGAGCUCGUGCAGCAUCUUCGCUGACAUUAUCAGUGGAUGGCCGUGAGCAAAAAAAACCUAGCACUCCUGAUGAGAUGUUCAUGGCUUGCUGCAUUGACAGAAACCUUCCUGAUUCAUGCUUGAAUAAGUGCUCAUUCCGAACCUAUACUAAAGCAGCUCUGCAGGCAAUGUACUUCAAGCAGGAUGCUUGCCCGAUGCAAGCAGCAGCUGAUAUGCAGUUCUGCGCAGCUCAGGGAAGAGAUCACACUGAAUGCUGCGCUCGAAAUGGCGUCACGACAACUUUGGCUGGAUAUAAGUGCAUGACUUUCUGCGAUCAACGUCCUGGAAAUGUCACUCAGCUCGAUUUGACCUACCUGGCUUGCUAUGAUCGAUUUGAAAACAUGAAAGCUUGUUUCUGGCACAAUCUCUCACAAGAGGUUGAGCAAGCACCGAUUUCUUCACAAGAAGACGAGACCGAAGAUACUUUAACGCAGGAGGACGAGCACCCUCACUUGAGGGUUGGCGGCAGUGCCCGUACAUUCCGGGCAAAGACGUUUAACUAGGAAAGUGACUCUGCAAAUUAUAGUUGUCUGUAGCGAUUUUUUACACUAUUCGACAGUGUAAUUAUAUAUACAUAAUUGUGCUUAUAUAUGAUAACAUCACAUUACCGUAUUUUGAGGCCGCUUUCUUUACCUUUAAUCCAUUCUAUCAUUCCAAUCUAUGGCAAAGCUUUCCCU